UACAAUGGUGUAACCCCAACUGCAGGUACUACACUGACUACUUCAGGAGGACAAGUAGAAUACAGAGCUCUGUCUGGAAUUUGCUACAUGGCAUGGUAUCAUUUCAUUGGCCUUAUCUGGACAAGUGAAUUCAUUCUUGCCUGUCAGCAGAUGACAAUCGCUGGGGCAGUGGUUAUUUGUUACUUCAACAGAAAUAAAAAUAGCCCACCACCUCACCCAGUCCUGUCUUCCAUAUCAAUUCUUUUUUGCUAUCAUCUAGGAACUGCUGUAAAAGGCUCAUUUCUAAUCACAAUACUGAGAAUACCAAGGAUUAUUCUCUUGUACCUUUAUAAUAUCCUAAAACAAAAGGAGAGUGCAUGUGCAAAGUACCUGUUCAAGUGCUGUUUCUGCUGGUUUUGGUGCCAGGAAAGUUGCUUAAGAUACUUUAACCAGCAUGCAUACACAACUACAGCCAUAAAUGGGACAAAUUUUUGUACAUCAGCAAAGGACGCUGUCUUUAUUUUGGAGAAGAAUUCUCCUAAACUUGCAUCCAUUAGCUGCUUUGGGGAUUUUAUCCUAUUUCUAGGAAAGGUGUUUGUUGUAUGUUUUACUGUUUUUGGAGGAUUGAUGGCAUUUAACUACCAUCGGGAACUGCAAGCUUGGGUAGUUCCUCUGUUGCUAGUUGGAUUUUUUGCCUACCUGAUGGCCCACAGCUUUCUGUCUGUGUUUGAAGUGACAGCAGAUGCCAUGUUCCUUUGCUUUGCUAUCGAUAUGGAAACAAAUGAUGGAUCUGCAGAGAAGCCAUACUUCGUGGAUCAGGAACUGCUGACCUUUGUGAGUCAGAGUAACAAGUUAACAGAAGGACAAAAACACAGAGUCAUGAGACCUUUCCAGGACAACGAAGAUGGGACAGAGCUCCAACCUAUGACUUCAAUGUGA